GCGCGAGGGGAAGUAGGCUACAGUCAGUUCGCACUUGGUUUUGAGUUAGAGCGCGCUGAAUUCAACCCUUCCGGACAGAGAGCGAGCGCAUCAGCGGUCAGCUGCGGGCUUUACAUCUAGCGAGCAUCUCCCAUCCGAGAACGACCGACCGCUCGGCGAGGCCGUUCUUCCUUCUGCUCCGAUCACCGAGCCGGACCGGGACACCCCUCCGUCGGCCGGGGGGGGCCGCUGAUUUGUCAGAGAUCGACUCAAACAGGGCAAUGAUUUGGAUGCACAGAUGAUUUGAGUGAAGGAUCUGCGGUAUUAUGGGCUGUACUUGCUGUAAGCAGAAGAAGGCCUCCAAAGCGGCCGAUUCGUCCAAUAUGGACACGUGUGGCUCAGGGGGCGGGGCCCAGGUGCCGGACCCCUCCCGUUACAUCCCUGACCCUACGUCUGUGCUCAUCCCCAACUUUAACGAGCCCAGUCAGACAUUCCCUUUCCCCCCAUCCAACAACAACCAGACUCGCAGUGCAGCCAUCACAGGAGGCGGAGUGACUCUCUUCAUAGCACUAUAUGGGUAUGAGGCUCGGACUGAAGAUGACCUGUCCUUCCAAAAGGGUGAAAAGUUUCAUAUCAUCAACAACUCAGAGGGCGACUGGUGGGAGGCCCGCUCUUUGGACACUGGGAAGACUGGUUACAUUCCCAGUAAUUAUGUGGCCCCAGUGGAUUCCAUACAAGCUGAGGAGUGGUAUUUUGGAAAGAUGGGUCGUAAGGAUGCUGAGAGACAGCUGCUUUGUCAAAACAACCCAAGAGGAACGUUCUUAAUCCGAGAGAGUGAGACAACUAAAGGAGCAUACUCUCUGUCCAUCAGGGAUUGGGAUGACACAAAAGGAGAUCACGUGAAACAUUAUAAAAUCAGGAAGUUGGACAGUGGAGGAUAUUACAUCACCACACGAACCCAGUUUGACACCAUUCAGGAGUUAGUGCAGCAUUAUACAGAGAGAGCGGCAGGGCUGUGCUGUCGUUUGAUUGGCAGCUGUAGGCGGGGUAUGCCUAAGCUUGCCGACCUAUCGGUGAAGACCAAGGAUGUUUGGGAGAUUCCACGGGAGUCACUGCAGCUCACUAAGAAACUGGGCAACGGGCAGUUUGGUGAAGUGUGGAUGGGCAUGUGGAAUGGAACCACUAAGGUUGCGGUGAAGACUUUGAAGCCUGGCACCAUGUCUCCAGAGGCUUUCCUGGACGAGGCUCAGAUAAUGAAGAGACUGCGUCAUGACAAACUGGUUCAGCUCUACGCCGUGGUGUCUGAAGAACCCAUUUACAUCAUCACUGAGUUUAUGAGUCAAGGGAGUUUGCUGGACUUCCUUAAGGAUGGAGAUGGAAGAAAUCUGAAGCUGCCCCAGCUGGUGGAUAUGGGAGCCCAGAUUGCGGCAGGUAUGGCGUACAUUGAGAAGAUGAACUACAUCCACAGAGACCUGCGUGCGGCGAACAUUUUGGUGGGAGACAACCUUGUGUGUAAGAUUGCUGACUUUGGCUUGGCCAGACUCAUCGAGGAUAAUGAGUACACUGCUAGACAAGGAGCAAAGUUCCCCAUAAAGUGGACGGCCCCAGAGGCAGCUCUUUACGGCAAAUUCACAAUCAAAUCAGACGUGUGGUCCUUUGGCAUCCUGCUCACCGAGCUCAUCACCAAGGGCAGAGUGCCUUACCCAGGAAUGAAUAACAGGGAGGUCCUGGAGCAGGUGGAGAGAGGUUAUCGGAUGCCGUGCCCUCAGGGCUGUCCGGCCUCUCUGCAUGAGCUGAUGGUGCAGUGCUGGAAGAAAGAGGCAGAUGAAAGACACACGUUUGAAUAUCUGCAGGGAUUCCUGGAGGACUACUUCACUGCCACCGAACCCCAGUACCAGCCAGGGGAGAACCUGUGAUACACACGCACACGCACGCACACACACACACACACACACA